GUAAGCGAGCCAAGAUGAUGGAGGAGGCCCCUGCUCGCGAACAGGAGAAGACUCGGGAGCAGGACAGGCAGAGAUCACGCUCCAGGAUGGAUGCCUUCGACACUACCCUCCGUCCCAACGAGCACCUAUAUUGGCGACCUACCAUUGACCCCGACAAGGGAUCAACCCAACACAAGAAGCCCCAACCAGCGCCAGCCUUUUUCGAAUCCUGAUCCUAUCGAACGACCCUCGACAACCAGUGGCUGGAAAGUCAAAUCUCCAGCGGACAUCUCGAAAGCCAGAGCAAUGGAUCCCUUCGCAACUCGUGCUGUUGCCGAUGAAAGUCGAACGAAGGUGUCACGAUCCUAGUGCUAUCAGGCAUGAGAGUACGGCGUCGCUUCCUGUAGUCGAUAUGUCCCGAAUGAAACCCCCGUCACAAGCCUCUUUCUACCACCACUCCAAGUCGUCAUCUCCGCGAUCGUUGGAGACAGAGAACAGCGGUGCUAGUUCUUCCAAGCUCACUCUUGACCACAUGAGAGAACCGCCGCUUCCUUCGAAGCCCACGUCCUCGUUGACAUCACAGAGGCUCAGUUCGACAACGCCCCUCCCAGACAAUCGGACCAUCUGGCUGCCAAAAACUCAUCACGAGAGUCGGAACCAUAUGUCGAGAUCGACUGUGAUUGAAAAGUCGCACUCGAUGCCUGAAACGCAUCAGGGACAUGUCAGAGCACGUACGACGUCGGAUCCCAGUCCGCCAACUCCUGCUGCACCGCCUAAGCCCUUGCUUGAACCAAAAGCGCCAGCGAAGAAGUCUAGUAGUAAAGGCAAGACGAGCGUGAUGCUGGAAGAGGUACCGGAUGACGAGGGAAUCUACAGUGACAAGGAUGUCCUACCCGCCGAUUCGACGGCGAUUAUGCUGUCGAAUCUGGAGCCUGAGGCCCCGAGGCUGGUCGAUACCCGGGAAAAACGUGUGAGGUGGACGGAGAGUGUCUCGGGGGGUAGCCCAAUGUCUGAUGCGACGGUUCUGCCGGCUGAGCAUGGGGCGAAGACUAGAACGAGCGAUGUACGGCAACCAGCUAAAUGGGGGGAGACAGCGAAGAAGGGGGUCGAAGACUGGCGGCUGUGGACAGCGCCGACUUCCUCCAUGUAAUUAUUGUUUUCUCUAUUUUUCUUUAUUCUUCUCGUGAUUUCGUAGACAAUAUUUUGCUAGAUAUGUAC